AUGAAGGAAUCCAGACAUCGACGACCAUUGUUGGAGUCCUUAGCUUCUCUAUCGAUAGCCAUUACCAGCAAACGAAGAGUUUUGCUCUAUGGGCCACCCAGUACUAGGAAAACGCUUUUGGCGAGGGCAGUGGCUCAUCAUACUGAUUGCACCUUUAUAAGGGUUUCUGGCUCUGAGUUGGUUCAAAAGUAUAUUGGCGCGGGCUCUCGAAUGGUGAGAGAACUUUUUUUUAUGGCCAGAGAACAUGCUCCAUCAAUCAUCUUUAUGGAUGAAAUCGACACUAUUGGAUCAACUCGAAUGGAAUCUAGAUUUGGCAAUGGUGAUAGUGAAGUGCAACGGACCAUGUUGGAGCUUCUCAAUCAACUGGAUAGAUUUGAAGCAUCUAACAAAAUCAAAGUUUUGAUGGCUACAAAUCGCAUUGACAUUUUGGAUCAAGCCCUUCUGAGGCCUGGAAGGAUUGACAGGAAGAUAGAGUUCCCAACUCCCAAUGUUUCUAUUCAUCAUAACUCCUACAUAUGUCCUUGGGACAUAUUUUAA